GGGGCUAUAGCAAUGUUUUAUUUGCGACGUUUAUAAAAACGUCGCUAUUUUCCAAUUAAAACAACGUUUUUAAAACGCUGUAUUAGAUUUCUUUUAAACAUCAUCUUCGCGUGUUAAUUGGCUAACGCUGUUACCUACAUCCUAAAGCCCUAAAGCUGCGAUUUCUCCACCCCCCAUCUCUCUCUCUCUCUAUCUAUCGAGCUCGAAUUCAUUCUGAGCAAAAUUUAUCUGCGAUUUGCGAUAGUGCUGUAGUACUCAAAUUCAUUCUGAGCAAAAUUGAUUUGCGAUUUGCGACUUCUCUCUAUUUCUCGCUCCGGAUUUGCGAUUUGCUGUUGAUUGUCGAAGAUUUGAAGAUUUGGAGAUUUGAAUCUGAGCGAUUAAAGUUCUCAGUCUACUCUCUCGCUUGAUUUCAAACACGCUCUCUGUCUCGAUUUCGAAAACUCUCUCUCUCUCUCUCUCUCGCUCGAUUUCAGAUCUGGCGAUGAUUUGAAGGCCACCACUUGGAUUCCAGAUUUUGAAGUUUUGUUCUCCAUUUUCAUAUUUGUGCCUCAUUAAGAGAAUUGAGAUAUCUCUGGUAUUGUUUAGACUAAGAUGAUGGCAUGAGGAGUUUGGAUCUGAUCCGGACCUGAAUUGUGAACCCUGUACUGGACACCCUCAACUUAAAUCUUCAGGUAUGAAAUUUUGUGACCUGAAAUUGCUUCCGAAGAUUGCUAUAAAAUGAAAAUUAUAAUGCCCUGAUUGUGGAUACACGCAUACAAUAUGUUAUAAAUCUCCCCAAAAACAAUGUUCAUGCACUUGUUUCUCGAAGCAUUUUUUGUGUUUUUGGCAGCAAAGUUCUGCCAUGGUAGCGGGGGCUAAUGGAGUUCGGUCUCUGAGGGAGACACCAACAUGGGCUGUUGCACUUGUUUCUGCAGUUUUUGUGAUCAUUUCUGUUCUUAAUGAACAUGGGAUUCAUUCUCUUGAAAAGUGGUUUCGGAAGCUCCAGAAGAAGGCCAUGAUUGAGGCUUUGGAGAAGAUUAAAGCCGAGUUGAUGCUUCUAGGAUUCAUCUCCCUACUGAUCACAGUAGGAACAAGCCUUGUGUCUAAGAUAUGUAUUCCUUCCAAAGCUGGAAAAAUCAUGCUCCCUUGUAAGCAGCAGAACUCCAACAAUAAGCUUUCUCACGCUUCAAUAAAGUUGUUUGCCGGAGAUACUGCCAUUCGGCGGCGAGUUCUAGCUCCGGCUAGUGGUGUUAAUGCUGGUCAAGACUACUGCUCUCAAUAUGGGAAAGUGUCGUUGAUAUCUCAGUCAGGGGUGCACCAAUUGCACAUUUUCAUAUUUGUGCUUGCCAUUUUCCAUGUUCUGUAUAGUGUGAUCACCAUGGCUCUAGCACAGGCCAAAAUGAAGAAAUGGAAAGCAUGGGAGCAAGAAACCAAUUCAUUGGAAUAUCAAUUUAAUAAUGACCCUGCAAGGUUUAGGUUCGCUCAUCAGACAUCCUUUGUUAGGCAGCACAGUGGCUUCUCCACAAUGCCCGGGUCUCAGAUGGGUUGUGGCUUUCUUUAGGCAAUUUUUUGCGUCAGUAACAAAAGUGGACUAUCUGACUAUGCGACAUGGAUUCAUUAACCUUGGAAGAAUCGUUCGGACAGGGUAGUUGUGUAGAAUCAUGAUUAUCAGUUUUGACAUUUGGUUGCAAAACUGAAGGAAUAGGGUUGCGAGAUGCUACAUUUUGCUGCGUUUGAUCAGGAAUUGCUUUGACAGAUGCAACCGCUGUAACUCUUUCUGCUGCCGACUGUGAUUCCAAAUCAAGCUGCAAUAUAAAUUGUGAGUCUAGUAAAGACAUUGUCUUGGAACUCCACUUGUUCUCUACAUUAAUGGGAAUGGUAGCUUUCUUGAGCGAAUGGAAGGAACUGGGGUUGAUGUGAUUGGGCCUGGAUUGGACAGUGGAUAUGGCAGAUGGAAGGAAACAUUUGGAAAUGGAAUUAGCAUACAAGGAAAUGUGGAACAUGCUUGUUUAUUUUCUACUCUUCCUGCUUUGACUGAUGGAAUUAAAAGGUUUGUGAUGAGAACUAAAACUUGGGACUGAACUUUUCCUGUCAAUUACUGCCUAUACCCAAUGACUUAGGAAUAACUACUAGAUGUUUGGAUAUUGACUUGCCUACUUGUUUUUUUCUUCUUUUUGUACAUAUGACCAAAUUUGAUGUUUGUAUUGAUUUCACAUGAUUCUGGGAACUUCUUUAAUUAAAUUAUUAAUCAAAUUUGAUUUCACAGUA